UUGUUUGUAGCCUAACACAUGGUUUUAACGAUCAUUUAUUUUUUAUUAACUUGCGUAUGUUUAAUACUUACUUAUAUAGUUUAUACUUUUGCAGUGAGUCCCAAACGUAUCCGGUUAAGCGGAACGAACAAUAAUUCUCAGGUUACAUGUACGGCUCAAACAUCUAAAAUUAAGAAACGAAACGUGCGCCACAAAAAGAACCAAGGAAAUGUUGAAAUACAAAAGAUAACAACAGAUUGUCCUGUUUACGACACUUGUUGUUCCAAAUAUAUAAAACCAUUUUCCUAUCCAAUCAGCGCACUAUGUCUUAAUAAGAGUGGAACACAACUGUUUGCUGCUUCGACAAAUUCGUGUGCUCGUUGCUAUAAUGUAGAAAACACUUUCAAAAGCGACUCUCCAAAAAAAUCUUCAUACAUUGAAUUAAAAUUAAAUAAUGAUACUAUCAUUGCAGCCGAUUUCUCGUAUUCAUGCAACUCUCCAUAUAUUUUUGCUGGAACUGAAUAUUCGGGUAAAUUGAUAAAACUCAAAAUAGAUGACUGCAAGGAAAACCGGCUAGGUCAAUUGACAAUGGAAAAGGAGUCAGAUUCAAUGGUCUUUUCUCAACAUCGUGUGUUUUGGCUUAAUGCAUCACAAGGUCAAUGGAUUGUAGUAGGGGCUGAUGAUAAUUUUACGGAAAUCAAAAUUUAUAAUUAUCAAUUAUCACUUUUAAACACUUUGGAUACAAAACAAAUCAAAAAUUUUCAGCUUGCGUUUUCAGCGAGUAACUAUUUCGCUUCCGCUGCGUGGGUAGCCGGUAUUAAAGUGCAGAAAAUAUCGGCUCAAAAAGAAGAGUACAAAAAGUGCGAAAAAGUCAUGGAUAUUUUAACGCCAUGUGGAACAACGGCUCUUGCAUUUUCUCCCACUAACACUCGGUUAAUUGUGGCAUCAAAACAAAAUGAUUUAUAUCUUUAUAACAUUGAUGUUCGCUAUCUGUUAGGCGAAGACCCGCAUUUAUUGGUUAAAAAACACAUAACGAUGGAUGCACAUUUCACACAUUUUGACCAAUUGUUCUAUACGAGUAAUGAGGAGGCCAUUAUAGGGAUUUGUUUAGCGCAUAUUUUGUUUCUUCGUAGUGAUUCUUUGAGCAUUAUAAAAUUCGUUCCUCAUGCUCAUUCGUCCGUGAUUACACGCGUUCUGCCUCUUCCGUCAUCGAACUCGGUUAUAACCGUUGCAAUUAACGAUCAUUCGCCGUCCCUUUGGUCUCACGAAUAGUACGAUACCGUAUAAUUUUUUUAUUGUUUAUUACUACGUUUUUUUCAAUCCACUUUAAAUUAAAAAAAAGAGUUGACGACACCAAAAAUUAAGUUUGUUUACAG